AUGUUGCGCUGCCUAAACAAGUCUGAUAAGAAAAGAGUUAAGCCAAUUAAAUGUCUUAAUCUAUCUAUCUAUCUAUCUAUCUAUCUAUCUAUCUAUCUAUCUAUCGAUCUAUCUCAGUCCAUUCAUAUAUCAUCAUCUGUCCAUCUCUCUAUCUCAUCCAUCUAUCUAUCUAUCUAUCUAUCUAUCUAUCUAUCUAUCUAUCUAUCUAUCUAUCCCAUUCAUUCAUAUAUCAUUAACUAUCUAUCUCAAUCCAUUCAUUUAAUAUCUAUCUAUCUAUCUAUCUAUCUAUCUAUCUAUCUAUCUAUCUAUCUUAGUCCAUUUAUCUAUCUAUCUAUCUAUCUAUCUAUCUAUCUAUCUAUCUAUCUAUCCCAUCCAUUUAUAUAUCAUUAUCUAUCUAUCUAUCUAUCUAUCUAUCUAUCUAUCUAUCUAUCUAUCUAUCUCAUUGAAGCAGAGGCUCGGGAUUCAUAUCAACUGACAGGAAAUCAACGUUCGCUUCUAACAACUUUUCUUUCUUCUUUUUAA